AUGGAGAAUAUUGAGACAGAUGAAGACUCUGAGAGCAUCUAUAUGAAUAUUGAAGAUUUUGAAAAAAAUGGUAAAGAUGGGAAAAACCCUGACAGCUUUUAUAUGAACACAGCAGCACAGAACAAAGGCCCUAAAUUAGAGCCCUGUGGGACUCCACACAGUCGCUAUGGUGUUAUUAACUGUAACUUAAGCCUUGGGCUCAAUUGGCACUUUUCUAAAGGAAGCAGAGGAGAGAAAGAGUGGAAGUGUGAGCAUGUUUUUGCAGGUUGUGAAGCUGCGUCUGAGGGCAGGCAGGUGCGCUCUGGUAACGCAGCUGCAGUGGGUCUGGGGCUGCUGUGUUUUAUCCUGCUGGCUGUAAUCGUGGGUCUGAGUAUCAAACACAAUGCAGAAAUACAGCAGAUCCAGAACAGCUAUACCAACAUCACACUGGAGAGAGACCAGUUACAAACCAGCUACACCAACAUCACACUGGAGAGAGACCAGCUACAGACCAGCUACACCAACAUCACACUGGAGAGAGACCAGUUAAUAGAGAGAUAUGAUGGCAUUGCCCAUAAGUAUGAGCAGUUAUUGGACACCAACAACAAACUGGGUUUACAGAGAGAGCAGUUACAGAGGAUUUAUGAAACUGUAAAUAUGGAAAAAUAUGCCCUUCAGAAGAAGCUCACAGAGAUGGAAGCAGUUUGUCCCUCUGGAUGGUUGAAGUUCAUGUGCAGCUGUUACUAUGUCUCUCCUUCUGCGAACACCUGGGACUGGGGCAGGCAUGACUGCAGAAAGAGAGGAGCAGAUCUUGUGAUCAUCAAAAGCAGAGAGGAACAGAUAUUUGUUUCGGGACUUGGAAAGACGUUGUGGAUUGGUCUGACGGACAAGGCCCAAGAGGGUUCCUGGAAAUGGGUGGACGACACGUUGCUUGGAUCUGGGUACUGGAAUCACGGUGAACCAAAUAACAUCAACUAUAUCUAUGCAGACGAGGACUGUGUCCAGAUAAAUCCUCUCAUCAGCCCCUUUAACACACAGUCUAACUGGAACGAUGUCCGCUGUUCUGAAAGCCUCUCUUGGAUUUGUGAGAAGAGAAUCUCUAAUUUCAGUUAAAGCCUAAUGAUGUAACAUUUAACACAGUUUCUUUAGUUCUGUCCUUCUAAUCUUCUACAUACAGUAUCUGUGCUUUUUCAGGUGUUUAUUGCUUUAAUGCUUUUUAUAAUAAUUACUACUAAUAAAAAAUGAACUUUUCUUAUAAACAGAAGCAGAUAAAAAGCUCUGGAAAUGUGUUUAAUGUCUGUUAGCCUAUACUAAAAAAAUAAAUUCAGCCUUGCAGUGAAGCAUAUUUAUUCAACACAAACAUAUUCAUGCAAAUUAGUUUCAUUAUUCUUUUCAGAUGCACAGUUUCCAGGGUUGCAGUUCACGGGAAUAUAUAUACUGUUUGUUAUUGUCUUAGCUACACCGAUCAUAACAAAAAAAACAACUAUAAUAAAUAUAUAUUUCACAAAAAAGACGGUCACAGACUAUGAAGCUUUGCAAACAUUGAUUUUUUUAUUGCUAACAACAGUGAGAGGAAAAUAUAUAUAAAACAUAUAAAUACUGAUGCUUAGCUAAAGGAAAAAAUACAAUAGAUUUAAAAGCAUUUCACACACAUUUAUUUCCAAAGUGAGGAUUAACAGUAUUCUAUUUUCUGUACAAUUUACCCUUAAACUUAUAAUUACCUUGUUAUUACAUUUUAAACAGGUAAUGAGUAAUCUGGAACUAAAUACAUUUUUCUCAUUGCACAAGUCUUAUAUCCAUAAAUUUCAAACAUUAACUGUGUGUGUUCUGCAGUUUCAGGUUCUGCUACUUUAUAAAAUCAUACAGCAUUAAUUCAUUAACUGAAUUAAUUACUGAAUCUGUUGCAUCAAGCUUAAACCAACAAAACCCACAAACAGCAGAAGAACAGAUGAGCUGCACGUGAGCGGCGCCUUCUAACCACCUCUUUCCUGCAGUAGAUGGAGGCCCUGCUUUAUGUGCUGCUGCUGCUGCGCUUCAUUAC